AUGGCUAUCACCACAUUCUCCCGCGACAGGCUCCCGCUGCCCUACUGGCUCUGGUUCUUGUGGAUCGACCCCGUGUUGUCCCUCACUGGCGUCUACGGCGGCCUCUUCGCGCCCCAGCUCCUCCUGCUCUCGUACAUCCCCGCCGACAAUCCGAACGUCGUCCCGAACCCGGCCCACGCCAUGAUCUUCAACCAGCUCGCCGGCUUCUUUUUCCUCACCUUUACGCUGAGCACCUUCAUGCUGCGCUCGACCUCGGACCUAGUCGUGUGGAAGUACUACCAGGGCGCAAUCGCUGUGGUCGACGUCAUCAUCUGCGUCGCCACGUGCCUCGCCUUUGUCGACCAGGGCCGGCUCAGCCCUACCAUGUGGAGGGCGGAAGACUGGUUCGGACUGCUCUGCACAGGCAUGUGCGCCGUGCUUCGCGUGGCCUUUGUGCUUGGUGUCGGCCUGGGUGGUGACAGCAAGCGCAAGACCAAUUAG